AUGCACGUCCUCUCGCUCAAUCUGCAGAGAGGGGGGGGCAUCAAUGCCUCUGCCUAUGGCAACUUCAGCGGCACCAAGAAGACUGAGGAGAUCAUGGUAGCUCGGGGAUCCAUGUUGGAGCUGCUAAGGAUCGAUCCGGACACAGACAAGCUUGUGUCCAUCUUGCAGCAGCCCGCGUUUUGUGUUGUGCGAAGCUUGAUCGCGUUCCGAUUGACCUCGACUCACAAAGACUACUGCGUCGUCGGCACGGACGCGGGUAAGGUCACCAUCCUCGAGUACCUGCCGGAAACCAGCGAGUUGAAGGCGGUUCACAUGGAGACUUUCGGCAAGACCGGGUGCCGUAGGAUCGUCCCUGGGCAGUACUUGGCCGCCGACCCGCAAGGGCGCGCUAUCAUGAUCAGCGCGGUGGAGAAGCAAAAGCUGGUGUACGUGUUGAACAGAGACACCGCUUCCAGGCUGGCCAUCUCGUCGCCGCUGGAGGCACACAAAAGCCACGCUAUCAUCUUCCACACCUGUGGAGUGGACGUGGGCUUCGACAACCCAAUCUUCGCUGUGAUCGAGCUCGACUACUCCGAAGCCGAUCAAGACUCGACAGGAGAAGAGGCGGCCAACACGGAGAAGCAGCUGGUGUACUACCAGCUUGACCUCGGACUCAACCACGUGACGAGAUUGUGGAGCGACCCCAUCAGCCGGGGUGCGAGCCUGCUGCUGCCUGUUCCGGGAGGGGAGGCGGGUCCGUCGGGCGUUCUGGUUUGCGGAGAGAACUGGGUGGCGUACAAGCACCAGGACCACCCGGAGGUUAGGGCACCACUCCCCCGCAGGAAAACGAUGCCGACCGGGAGGGGAUUGCUGGUUACGUCGGGCACCCUGCACCAGCAGCCUGGCCUCUUCUUCCACCUGAUCCAGUCCGAGCUGGGUGACCUCUACAAGGUAUCGCUUGUCGUCAACGACGAGCAGACGGAGGUGACGGACAUAUCCAUUGAGGUGUUCGACACCAUUCCGGUGGCCAACAGCCUCCAGAUCACCAAGAAGGGGAAGCUUUUCUGCGCCAGCGAGUUCAGCAACCACAUGAUGUUCCACUUCCACAAGAUGGGUGGAGAAGAGGGAGCGGUGGUGGCGACGCAAUGCGCGGACCCGGAAUUGGACGACAGCAGUGAAUCCGCUGCGCAGGUGGCACCCACUUUCACGCCAUCGGCGACCUUGAAGAAUCUGUGGGGGCUGGACGAGGUGGAGAGCUUGGCGCCGCUGACGGACAUGCUGGUCGGUGACCUCGCUCGCGAAGACACCCCCCAGAUGUAUACCUUGUGUGGCCGAGGGAAUCGAUCAACACUAAGGAUCCUGCGCCACGGGCUUGCUGUGACUGAGCUCGCGGAGAACGAUCUGCCCGGAGUGCCUAGCGCGGUAUUCGCUUUCAAAGAACGCCUGACGGAUGACUACGACCGUUACAUCGUGCUGAGCUUCACCAACGCGACCAUGGUGCUCGAGGUGCAAGACAGCGUCGAAGAAGUGGAAAACUCCGGGUUCUUGGCCACCUCGAGCACCCUGGACGUGAAGCUCAUGGCGAACAACAAGAUCCUACAGGUGUACUCGCAUGGGUUGCGCGUGAUCAUGAAGGGGCAGCCGCCGCAGGAGUGGCGCGCCCCCGGCAAGAAGCAGAUCGAGAAGGCAUGCGCGAACGAGCGGCAGGUGGUGUUGGCCUUGGCCGGUGGAGAGAUCAUAUUCUUCGAGCUGGAUGAGGCCAUGCAAAACAUUCAGGAAGUUGGCACGAAACAACUAGGAGGGGUCGAAAUCGCUUGCCUAGAAAUGGGGGAGGUUCCCAAAGACCGUGUCAGGGCUCCGUUCCUUGCCGUGGGCGACUGGAAUGGGAACGUGAAGAUUCUCGGGCUGAGCCCUGAAAACCUCCUCGAGCAGGUUGCGAUGAUCAACCUGCCACACCCGGCGGAGUCGCUGUGUCUCGCGCACAUGGCGGCAGAGCAAGCGGCUGGCGGAAGCAAUGAACAGCUCUUCUUGUACAUCGGCCUUGCUAGCGGAGUCUGCCAGCGGGUGGCAGUGGAUGCUACGGCUGGAACUCUUUCCGACCCUCGCCAGCGAUUCCUGGGAUCCAAGCCUGUCAAGCUCUUCCGGAUUCAAGUCCAGGACAAGCGAGGGGUCUUGGCGCUGUCGUCGAGAUCGUGGCUCUCGUACAACUACCAAGGGCGGUAUCAGAUGACGCCCCUGAGCUAUGAUCCACUCGAUUUCGCUGCCGAGUUUUCUACGGAGAUGUGUCCGGAAGGAGUCGUGGCCGUCUCGGGGGAGAAGCUGCGGAUCUUCGGGGUGGAGCGGUUGGGCGAGGUCUUCAACCAGGCGGCACUUCCCCUAAAGUACACUCCGAGGCAGAUCGCGCUGCUUCCGGGCGAUGCUCAGCACUUGGUCGUCGUGGAGGCCGACCACAACGAGUACAACGAGACGCAAGGACAGGCUGUCAAGAAAGAGGCGGAGGAGGGGGAGAAGGAGGAUCCCGCUGGUGGUGGUGCAGGCGACCCCGCCGAGAACGGGAAGCAAGAGGAGGCGUCCAAGGGAGACGCUGCCGCCGCCGGGGGUGCCGCCGCUGGUGCAGAGGCGAUGGAUCAAGACGAGGAGGAGAAGGAGGUGGAGGAGGAGGAGGAGGACGAUGACGAGGCCGCAGCCGCAAUGAUGCCCAUCCGGGGCCCGCUCCCGCCGCAGGAUGGGUCCUGGGCGAGCUGCAUCCGUCUGCUGGACCCUGUCGAGGGGACCACGGUGGAGUGCCUCGACCUCGACGACAACGAGGCCGCUCUCUCGGUCGCACCCGUGGCGUUCCACAACCGCAACGGGGAAGCGUUCGUCGCCGUGGGGACCGCUAAGAGCCUCACCUUCCACCCGAGGGGACACGAGGGCUGCUUCGUGCACGUGUACAGAAUCUUGGAAAAUCGCCUGGUAUUGCUUCACAAAACGGAGGUGCCAGACGUGCCUCUCGCGAUGAAGGAGUUCCAAGGAAGGCUCCUCGUCGGCGUGGGACAAAGUCUCAGGAUGUACGACUUGGGAAGGAAGAAGCUUCUUCGAAAGUGCGAGAACAAGCGGAUGCCCAGCAUGGUGGUGAGCCUGACCGUCACGGGCGACCGGGUAUUUGCUGGGGAUCAGAUGGAGAGCUGUCACUGCUUCAAGUACCGGAGGGCGGAAAAUCGGCUGGUGGAGUUCGCCGAUGACCAGGUACCUCGGUUCAUGACCAAGACUUGCCUCUUGGACUACGACAGCAUCGCGGGAGCUGACAAGUUUGGCAACAUCUUCGUCCUUCGAGUACCCCUCGAUGUCAGCGACGAUGUCGACAACCCGACAGGAAACCGGCUUCUGUGGGAUUCCGGUCACCUGAGCGGGGCACCUAACAAGGUUCAACAGCAGCUCCAGUUCCACGUUGGGGAGGUGGUGAGCUCUCUCCGACGGACAACCCUUGUCCCGGGUGGGGCAGAAGUCCUGCUUUACUCCACCAUCAACGGCUCCAUCGGCGCUCUGCUGCCCUUCAAAAGCCGAGACGACGUGGACUUCUUCACGCACAUGGAGAUGUACAUGCGUCAAGAGAAGCCCACGCUUUGCGGCAGGGAUCACAUUUCCUACCGCUCCUACUACUUGCCCGCCAAGGACGUGAUUGACGGUGACCUCUGCGAGCAGUUCUCGUCGCUGCCCUUCGAGAAGCAGAAGCUGGUGGCGAACGGUUUGGACCGAACCGUAGGCGAGGUGGUGAAGAAGCUGGAAGACACGAGGAAUAGGCUGCUCUAGUCUAGUGGAGCGAGCCAUGAGGAGAGACGACGGCGGUAGCAUAGGGAGGCUCCAUCGCGAAGGAAAGCGUACAACUGUACAACUGUAGACGGGACACGUCCACCUCCACGUUAACACACUGCUUGUGCUGUAGCAUUUCGUGCUCUUAGAUAUAUACUUAUUAUUUAGGCUUGUGUUGCGUGAUUUGCUCUAAGUGGCAAAGCCGCGACCCCCCUCCCCCCCCGGCGCGUCAUGCACAGAUACUCAUCAAGCACAACGGGAAUUCAUAAUGGUAGGCUAAACCCGUUUCACCAACGUGUGUUGCUCUGACCGUUUCGUCCGUGUAGGGAAGGCGGCGGUGUUUCAAGUUCCGUAUCAACCUUUCACGUGUCUCGUAUACCCGUUUGUACCCGUUGUGUCUUUUUUCCUGCGGAGGAACGGGGGCAUGUAGGCGCGUUGCUGUAGGAUUUCUUUGGUCUUGCCGUGCACUCACGUACCAAGCUCAAGAGCCAACUAAUAGUUUGUGUUCCGUCGUACAGCAGGGCCGCCCUACGCGCACAAGAGACUGUUGGUGGGAAAUCAAAGCUCAGGAUUAGCAGAACAACGGCCCACACGGAGCUUUCUCUCUGAACCAACGAUGCCAUGCCUAGCUGAGCGCGUUCUUUGCAGCCGUGGAACCGUAGCGCCGGGGCGUGUCGC